AUUUCAAUGGGAAGUUGUGUUUAUAGGGAUGUGUCAAAGAGGUUUUUUGUCGCCGGACACGGAAAAAUAGAUUUUGUGUGUGAUUUCUGUGCUGUGCAACGGUGAAAUGGAUGAGAACCAUCUGGAUGGCAACACAGCGAUAAACCAGGAUGAACUGAUACUGCAGCAACAGCGUCAGAUUGAGAAGGAGAUUUCAGAAACAACACCGCUGGUCAGUGAAUUGCAGACGAUCUCAACAUUAGAUGCAGAAUACAACGAUGAUCCCGUGUACAGCAACAAAGUUAAAGAUUUGGCGUCCAAGUACACAUCGCUAAGACGCACUCGUCCCGAUGGCAAUUGCUUUUUCAGGGCUUUCGCCUAUGCCUAUCUUGAGUAUCUCAUAAACAAUCGCGACGAUUAUGAGAAAUUCAAGGAGAAGGCUGUCAAUUCCAAGGAUAAAUUGAUCUCUCUGGGGCUGCCACAGUUCACACUCGAGGAUUUCUAUGAAACGUUUAUGGAGGUGAUUCAACGCGUGGCACCCCCCGAAAAUGCCGAAGUGGACAACACCAACGCCAUCAACGAGCUCCACCGUCUGUUCAAUGAGCAGGGCUUCUCCGACUACGUGGUCGUUUACUUAAGACUCAUCACAUCGGGCCAGAUUGAAGAGAAUGCAGAUUUCUACCAGGAUUUUAUUGGGGGCUAUGCAUCCGUGAAGGAAUUCCGUCAUCAGGAAGUCGAACCCAUGUACAAGGAGUCUGAUCAUAUUCACAUUAUAGCCAUCUGCUCGGCCUUGGAUGUGGGUGUCCGUGUGGAGUACAUGGAUCGUGGUGAUGGGGGACAGGUCAAGGCUCAUGAUUUCCCUGAGGACAAAACACCUCGGGUUUACCUCCUCUAUCGACCAGGACACUACGACAUUCUCUAUCCAAAGGUAGAAACAUCGACUGAUGAUAUUCCGGACUCGUAAGGUGGGGAAGAGGGCUCAAUUGUCUGCUGACCCGGUGAAAUGUGCACCGCUAUAACACAAUUUUUUUUUCAUCGAGAGAUUUCUCGCCUCUAAAUAAAUUCAUUUCCUAAUACGAUAAA